CAAAGCGCAACGCUUAGAUAGCAAUCCGAGCAGUGUCUCAGGUUGACAUCACUGCGGGAUCACGAGGAUUAGUAUAGAGUAGCUCUAUGAAUGGAAGAGGCCCUUGCCAGGGUAGCUCCCUGCAUGUUUCUCACAGUCCCUCGAGCUCAGAUCAAUGACUAGAGAAUGACUAGUCCUUUUGAAAUGCUGGACUAUCGGUGUCAGCUCUAGUAGUUCUUCAUUGCGGGGCAGCUCAGUUACUGACAACACUUUCCUCCUUUGAACGCUGGGCACCGAUGAUGAAGCUCGUGCGGCUGGCCGUUCGGACCAAGCCCGUCUUUCUUGUGCUAAGUUUGAUAGCAUUCGGGGGGCUGACAGUCUUCCAAGGUGGUUGUUGGCUCUUGAUCAAGAACCUCAUAGUGCAGUCAAGUCCACAAACAGCGGACGUCCCUUUCUCCGAAACUGACUUCUUGAACAUGAAAUACUUUCUCCAAGACAAGAUAGGAGCAAUAGACCUAGAGGACACAGUCAGAACAGAUUCAGAGAGGAGGCGGAUUGUGUGGGAUAGAUUCCACACAGACCUGUGGAGACUGGAGACUGAGUUCUUGAGGGCGCGCCUGAAGUCACUCAAUGCUGACUUGGUAAGCAUUCCUGAAGAUGCGGAGGGGAGACAGGGACCCCCUGUGUGCACCAGAAACGACAGCAGCUGGUUGAGGGGCCACACAACCGCAGGGGAGGGCCGGCGAAAAGAGAGGCGCAAGAUCUAUGACGUGUUUCUAUUUUUGGACGAGCGCCCCCUGAUUGACAUCCGGCUAAACCUGCUAGCAGACGUGGUCGACACAUUUGUCAUCAUGCAGUGUCCCAUCACAUUUAUGAACCACAGCAAGCCGAUGCCAGACCCGACCACGUUCGAGGAGCUCGCGCACGUCAAGCACAAGAUCAAGCGGCUGUACUGCGACCUCGAAAACUAUCCGUUCCAGGAACCCAGCCCCUGGAAACGAGAAGAGCACAUGCGGUACACUGCCAUCAAGCUCGUAACCGAGUUCGUUAACCCGGAAGAUAUCGUCAUGUUGGGCGACUUGGAUGAACUGGUCGACGGAGGCGCCGUUGACCACUUGACCCACGAGCCCGACUCCGCCUUUCCGGUCACCCUCUACGUUCCGCUCUACCGCUCGAGCUUCGGGUGCAUCGACCGGAACUUCAACGGGGAGCCAAAGCUGUGGCCGGGGACAGUCGCCACGAUCGGACGGCUGUUGAAGGAGAAGGCCCCGGGGCAUCGGGACGGCAACGAGAUGCGGGACGUGCUCCGCGACCAAAAUGUGAAUCGGCUCUGGUGCGCGGGGUGGCACUGUAGCUCGUGUAUGCACGAACCCGAGAUCAAGACAAAGCUGUCGGAGUAUUCACACGCGGCGGAAGUGGACGAUAACCACAAGAUAGCGGCGGUGUUAAGGGACGUCCGGGACACGUGUCUCUUCGGGUUUUACGAGAGGAAGCGAACGCUCGAGGGGCUGCCAACAUACGUGGUAGAGAAUGCCGAGAAGUUUAGGUAUUUGAUGCCAAAGUAAAAGCGCACGCGCGCGGCGGCACUGCAAAAAGCGCCAGCGCGGCGGCACCGCGACCUAGUGUAGGAUCAUUGCGUUGGCGCGGCUAAUAGCGACGGGUGCUGCGGUGCUGAUUGCACUCAGUCAGGAGAGGGUUGAGUCGCAUGUGAGUCAGGUCAUAGGUGAGUCAUAUAAACGGCCAUUAUGCUUCCUCAAAAGCAGGGGAUUAUGUUGCCGUCUCCUAUGAAAUACAUAGUAGAUUAAGCGGCGCAAUUGAAGCAGCUGACAAUUUGGGUCCAUCGUACAAGUCUUAGCAUAAGCUACCAAGAAUUGCGGAAAGCAUUGGACGAGUGUGCAGCGCGGCCGGCCGGCUAUGCUGCUAGCUCAGUGACUUGAAUCACUGAGACAAAACAGAAUUCACAGACUGAGUGGCAAAACGACGAUAUCGUGCGUAGCACUGCACUAUAACUUCCAUGCAAGGGGCGCG